AUGGGCGUGUCUGCAUUUGCCUACGACACGCUGAAUCUGGAGGACGUUGACCUAUUCCCUUUGACGGUGAUUUCCACCAAUUCUUCCAGCUUCACCGGUAAUCAGCUCAGCUCGAUCCUAUCUGAUUACAUGGAUCGCGAAGAUGUGUUCAGCUCUGCGUUUUUGGAUGUGAUCUAUCUCACAUAUAGUGGGAGUGAGAAGAACAUAUCUGUGGAAAUGGAGUCGACUCUUCCUGAACUCGAUUUCAAGAGCAAGGGUGAUCAAAUUCCAGUGGAGGCUCAUCUGAAAAACCCGCUGCCCAUAGGUCCUUACUUUGCAUCUUCAAGGACGGGGAAAGUUUUCAAGGCACACAGGAUAUAUGCGGACGACUAUAACGCGUUCAUGAUGCCGGCCGUCAGCGAUGAGGAGGGUGGAUAUCUACCACUCCCUGCUACUUCGGAGAGUGUUCUGGGACGCGGUGUGGCUGUUCCUUCUCGUCUUUACUCCACCGUGACUCCUGAGCAACCUUUGGCUGGCCUUCGACUAGGUGUCAAGGAUAUCUACCACGUCAAGGGAUUACGAACAAGCGGGGGAAACAGAGCUUACUACUCCCUUUACGAGCCACGAAAUGAGACUGGUCCAGCUAUCCGAAGCCUUAUUGAUCAAGGAGCCGUAUUUGUCGGCAAAAUGGGCACUGUGAAUUUCGCAAAUGGUGACUCGCCGACAGCUGAUUGGGUUGAUUCCAACUGCCCCUUCAAUCCUCGAGGUGAUGGUUACCAGUACCCCAGUGGCUCUUCUACCGGCCCAGGUGCUGGUAUUGGUGCUUAUGACUGGCUCGACAUUGCUGUCGGAAGUGAUACUGGUGGCUCCAUGCGUGGCCCAGCUGGUGCCCAAGGACUCUUCGGAAACAGACCCACUGUUGGCGCAGUGGAUAUGGAGAAUGUGAUUCCUCUCUGUACUGGUCUCGAUACUGCCGGUGUUUUUGCCCGCAGUGCUGAGCUGUGGUCGCGUGUCGUCCACGUCUGGUAUAAGGACUUUAACGGCAGUGUUUACUCUUACCCAAAGACAAUCUGGUAUCCUGAUCUAUUAACAACAGACGCAUUGACUAUGAUUGAGAACUUUGUUAUCCAGCUUGAGCGUUUCCUAGGCACAGAACGCACGAGAGUUGAUCUCGAUGAGUCUUGGAAGACCACGCGUCCUGCUGGUGCACCAUCAAAUUUGGAAGAAAUGACCCAAUACUGGCUCAACCUGGGUGUGCCGUUUUACAAAGACUAUGCUCAGAAGCACGAUGGCCGCAUUUCAUAUAUGAACCCCGGCCCUCUUCUUCGCUCGGAAAUCGGACAAGAGAAAGGACAACCUGGAUUUGACGAAGCAUGGCAAAACAAGACCUUCUUCUAUGAUUGGUGGAAUGCUUCUGGUGGCUUUGGCGCCAAUGACAACGACACAUGCUCCAAUGCGAUCUAUAUCUAUCCCAACUCUGUUGGUGCUGUCGCCUACCGUGACACUUACCUUGCUCCCCCAAGCCCUCCUUUCUGGGGCAUGUCCGAUAGCAACAUUGCCGUCUAUGCUAGCACACCUGAUCUAAUUGUCCCAAGUGUUCCAUUUAAUGGUACAAAAAGUGGAAAAACGGAGUAUUUGCCGGUCACCAUGAGCUUAGGUGCUGCUCGGGGAUGCGAUCUUAUGUUGGCCAAUAUGAUCGCUGAAAUGGAGAAAGAGGGUAUUUUGAAGCCCGUUGCCACGGGACCGAUGCUUUAUCCGUGA